GUGGACACACAGCGCAGCUUGCCUUUGGGUGCUGUAGUUCACAGAUCUUUUUACUUUGUUUAGUGGAUUGAAACUUAUGACAAUGUUUUCUCUCAUGGAGAUGCUUAGAGGAGGAAAGUGUUGCUUGUGUUUUAGUUUUCAGUAGGAGCGGCGGUUGCGAUCCGUGCAGCUGCCAUCGCGUCUCCACAGUGAAGAAACCAGCAGAGGAAGCGCGUCUGGUUGAGCAGCUCUUCAGAUACACAAAGUAAAGCGGGAAGGAGCAGAAGAACGGCUCAUCAAGCAGAUCUGGAGAUCCUUGGAAUUACCUAUUCACUUUUUAAGGUCACCUCCGCACUGGUCUGGGCUGUGCAACAGGUACCUGCAGGGCCGCAUCAAUGGGCAACUUUUCCUCCAAGGACAACCAUGGAAACGCAGGGGCAACUUUGGAAAGAUUCCACACUCCCCCUUCAUCUCCACAGAGCAGCAUUCCCCAUCUUCCACCUACCCCUACAUCAUCUGCUUUAUCUCCAUCACCAGCAGCAACCAUCACUUGUAGUGAGAAGAAGUCACAGCAAUGCUCUGCAAGGACCUCCAUUCCUCCUCCGGACUGGAGGCCUCCUCCAACAGUCAGUCCAAACAGCUCUGUAAUCAGUCCUGUAGUGAACCCAGUUCUCAAGAAGACAGGCAGCACUGUUGAAGGAAAGGGGCAAGCUUCUUCAGGAAGAAAUGGGGAUCUACUGAACUCUACAUCCAGGACUUCAGGCUCCCAAGUGAAGAGUGUGGCUGUCAGUCCUAUAAAGAGCCCUUCGUCAGUGUGCUGUGUGCCACCUGCCACCAGCUCUGUGGAGCAGAACAAGAGGGAAAGAGACAAUAGUCUGAGUGAGUCUCUGCUGCCAGGUUACGAAGACAGAGACAGACAGAGCAAGGAACUAGCUAAAUUGUUGGAGGAGUGCAGGACUACACUGGGUGUUACAGACAGACAGGAUGCGACCACAAACACAACAGAGAUUCUAAAGCAACUGCUUACUGAAGUGAAACGUUUAAAGACUACUUUGGAGACAGAGCGUGGGGAAUGGCUGCAGUUCCAGGCAGACUUUCAGGUGGCCGUGUCGGUGGCUGACCGCUUAAAAGUUGAGGCUGAAGAGGAGCUUACAGUGCUACGAACAGCCCACAAGGAAAUCGAGAUGGAGUUGGCGACUGCUCAGCACAGACAGAAGGAGGCUGAAAUUCAGCUUGUCACCCUACAAGGAGAGCUAAAGGAAACCAGGCAAAAAUUGGCUAAUCUUACCGAGGCUCAAGACAAAUCUGAAGUCCAUGCUCAGGAGGAGCUAAAGAGGUCCAGUGGAAAAUCCAUUAACUCUGAAAGCAAAGAAGGGACCAAUCGGGGCAGGGUAAGGGGAUUGUACAGGCUUGGGGGAGAAAAGGUGGAAAGUAAGAGUCAGAAUCAAGUAAUAAAGAAUAUUAUUGCAGACAAUUCCAUAAUAGACUGUAAAGGUGUAGCCAGGCAUUCCCUAAGAAAUGUGACCAAUGAGGAUCAGGAUGGAGCAGAUGACCAGUCCAAUGAAUCACGAAGGGUGAUAACUUCGGAGAGGUCAAGGAGCCUGUCUAGAUUACCUACUUCUUCAGACACUGCUGCCAUACGGAACGGAGCAUCCCAGACUAACUUCGCUUCCACAAUGGGGUCAACAAACCGGAACUUGGGAAAACUAAGAGGAAGAAACGGUCUGGACUGGCAACACUGCAAAUUGUCCAAUGAUGCAGGAAAACACGAAGAGUCUUUAAACAAGUACAACUCAGCCCUCACUGAGCUGCCACCCACCAAGUCCCAGGAUGGUCUCAACCUACUCCUGCGUCGCCAUGGAGGCUCAAAGAGAAACUCGCUUCUCCGCUGGUGUCAGAGUCGAACCCAAGGAUACAAGAAUAUUGACAUUACCAACUUUAGCAGCAGCUGGGCAGAUGGCCUUGCAUUCUGUGCUGUCUACCACACCUACUUUCCUUCACACAUCCCUUACAGCAGCCUUAGUCCUGAGAACAAGCAAGAAAAUCUCAGCCUAGCAUUCAAAACAGGAGAGAUUCUGGGGAUCUCACCAUCACUGACAGCAGAUGAGAUGCUACGAGCUGGCGGACCAGACUGGCAGAGGGUCUUGAGUUACGUGGAGACCAUCUAUCGUCACUUUGAGAUGUGACUGCAGGAGAUACAGAAGGACAAUUUCAAAGAAAACACACACUUUUAUAAUAAUUCCACGGCCAGUCCUGGCAAAUGGUGGCAAUAGUCAAUAUAUAAAGGUAUAGAAAGUAACUUUUGUCAUUUUGGUCCAGAGAAGAUUAUCCCGGAAAAGGUCAAAACAAGAGUGUGUAACCAAGAAAUGAAGGUGCAGAAAUUAAGCUGUGCAUUCACUUGUCAUUUUGAAAUUCUGUGUGCUUUGAGGCAUUCUAGCUUUUGUUUUAAAAAAAAGUCAAGGAAGUUUACCAUGCAAAACUAGAGUAUAAAUUCGAUCAACAGGAGAAGAAAAAAGGAGGACCAAAAUCUAGAAUUUUCUCUUAGGAUGAAAAUGGUUAUUAGAGGGCAUAUUUCAUGAUUUUUAGAAUUUUUCCUCACAGCAGUAGUAUUCAUUUUGAAGGUUGGCACCCUAAAACCACAAGUGAGCACAAGGCAGUCAAGGAAAGAGCUGGUAGCUGUUAAAGAAUGAUAGUCAUCUGUUGGACAACACAAUGGCUCAGCAGGAAAAGAGCAUUAAUUGGGAAUACUUUAGUUAGACUUUACACUCAUAUUAAGGUUAAUCUAAAAGCUCUAAAUGUGUCAGAAAAGUCUUCUGUUUUUAAACUAAUCUGCUAUAAAAAUCAGUGGAAAGGCGGUGGAAAAGAAGUGUGUUUCAUCUUUGUUUAUUAUAAAGAUUUAUUGGUUUUUAGCACUAAUAUAUAUAUUGAAAUAUGCCCUUUAAUAUUCAAAAAUGUUACGUAUUGAAAAAAAAAAAUCGAGCAUUCUUUGUGGAGGAUGCAAAGUUACUGUAAGUGUCUCCACACUGGUACUUUACUGGUAAAAAGUUCUGUAUACCAAUUCACUCUGUUAGCAGAUUUCCUUCUUCAAAUGGUUUUAUUUGUCAAUAUGUUUUGCUUUUUGUUUUUUAUAUGAUCACAAAUGCAUCAUUUACUGGAUCCCUUGGUGCUCUGGAGAUGUGCAUUUUGAAGUUAUAAUUGCUGCACAUAACUGAUCUGGGUUCUUUUAGAGGCUUCAGGCUUCUUCCUGUUAAAAGUGAGUCAUUCCUUUGCCACAUUCUUGCUUGGGAUGAAGGGUUGCUGCAAAGUUAGUGACUCAACGCAAUCAACCAUCCACUGUCACCUCAUGUUUGCUCAGGAGGAAGGGUUGCUUUGAAGUCAAUAACUCGAUGCAAUUGGUUUGGCUUCCUCAGACAGAUAACCUUUCACCAAUUUGUGUUAUGAAGGGGAUUUGAGUGCAAUGAAACAUAACUCGUAAAUGCUGAUUGAAUCACUCGGCACCAAUUUUGGACCUGUCUUGGAUUGAUUUGUUUAAAUAUUUUUGUAUAUGAAUUGGAUCUGUUUGUCUUCUAAAGUGCCUUGAGAUAACAUUUCUGGGAAUUGGUGUUAUAUUCAUAAACUGUAUUGUAAUUCAAGAACGAAUGACGUAAAUAAUGAAAGCCCCUUCAUGAUAUCACAAGUCUGCCAGUGUCAGGUGCUCUGGGAUCUGAAUUACAAAAAAACCAAUGAAGCAAGGACAAAUGCUUGCCCAUACAAGCUUUUAAUCCAGUUUCAACACCAUUUUACCUUUGUCUUCUUUUUCACUAAUUCAUAGCUGCUGUUGUUACAACAUGUUUAAACUGAGUUUGUUGCCAAGGUUUUAUGUGCCAAAUGUUGAAUACUCUCCACUGUAAAAUAUGUCAAUAUGUAACUAGUGUGAAAAAAAUUAUCCCAAAGCAAUAAAGUGUUAAAAUAUU